CUUCCUCUGGGCUGAUGGUCGGGUUCUUUCCCGGGCGUUCUGCGGUGUGACGUCCAGGAUCUGGCGGGCAGGUGACAGAGGACAGGAUUUUCUUGGGCUGGUUCAGAUGCCUCCACGAUGUUGUCUUCGGCCUGCUCUCACAGGCUGCUGUCCCUGCUGAAUCAGGCUCUUCUUAGGUGCAAAGAAGAAGAGAAGCAACUUGAAGAACAGCUUAGGCAGUGGCGAUCACUUCUAGACAACUGUAGGGAUAAUGAUAGCUGUGAUCUCUUGAAUCAAGAUGAAGUAGCAAUCGAGACUCAAGCAGAGAUCCAGCCAUCCCCUGAGGAUCUACAGGAGGUGGAACUGCUGAACAAAGCUCUGGAGAAAGCCUUAAAAGUGAGAGGAACCAGCAAGACAACCUCCCCUGUUAAUAAAUCCCCGUCUUGGGACCAGGCACCAUCUUCUUCUCCAAUGACCAAGGAAAAGCCUGUUAAAGCUUUAAGUAAAUUAGCAGAGAAAGGAACGAAGCCGGUAACCUACCAGCUGAACCCUCCGUACAAAACUGUCCCCGACAGGAGAAGGGUCCAGAGGGCCGGGCAAAGGACAGCAAGCAAUAGGCCUACACGUUCAACACUUUUAGAACCACCAGCUCCUAAAAAAAUCAGUGGUGAUGAAGGCAGGCAGCCAGAGACUAAGACGAGCACCACUCAGCCGUGCAGUGCAUCGGUGAAACUGGUCUCUCCACCAUCGGCAGGGAUUUUGCAGUCAAGAAAACCUUCUACUUUGAAGGAAAAAGGAGCAUCCCUGAAACUGCCAGUAGAAUAUCAGCAGGCAUAUGUGAAGAACAACAGAUUAUGGGAGAAGUUCUAUGCAAUUCAAGACCAUCUUCCUGCUUCCAGACCCUCAUUUAUACAGAAGCUGCAAACAACUUUUGCUCCCGAAACUCCCAAGCUAAGCCUUUCCGAGAUUGAGGAAGAGACCAGGCGCUUGCAGAGAGAGGUCAGAAGCUGGCAGCAAAAUGUAGACUCUGCCAAGAACUGGCAAGGAUCAGGUCCCGGGCGCUGGCAGAAUUACCCGUCUCUGCUGCUUUUGGAAGCUUUACAAGAAGAAAUGGCCAAAUACCAACUGGAGCUGCAGAAUCUCCAGCUGGUGGCUGAUGAAUAUAAGAUUUGGGCAGAGAAUCUUUCUAUCAAUUCCACUUGCCUAGAGUCAGUCGGCUGCCCCUCUACGUACAGCAGGCCUCCCCCUGUCCUGAUAUACAGCCAUCCACGUGAACUUCGUGAGCUGACCCGCAGCAGGCUGAGAGUGCUGGAACUGCAGCAGAAGAUUCAUUUGCAGAAGGUGUUCAGUGAAGAGCUGCUCGCCCAAGCAGAAUCCUGGAGUCAGAGCGCCCCAACCUCCUGCCUGCCGCUCAGGGCCAUCUACACCCAGCUGUGUGAGGGGGGACACACGUUUCCAGUACUGGUGCAGGACGACGACUAAUGAGACACAUGCCGCUGCUUUCUUAAAGGGCAUCUGUCAGCAGUUUUGUACCUAUGACACUGGCUGACCUGUUACAUGUGCACUUGGCAGCUGAAGGCAUCUGUGUUGGUCCCAUGUACAUAUGUGCCAGCAUU